AGCUACUCUCACUCUAGAGAUUUGCAACUUCUCUUCUCCCCCUCUACUACUUUUCAACAAAAACAAACCCUGUACCAGAAGUAAAGAAGCUGACCACUAGACCCCUCCGAAGUAGAAACGGAGGCCCGUAAGAAACAAAAGCCCGUCUUUAUCAGCUUCUAUCUGCAAAACCACGACCAUAAUUUUCGUUUCGCUUGAAGGAAGGGAAAAGCGACCCGGGCGAACCAGUGUAGAAGUGAGUCGAAGUAAAAACAAGCAGGCCGACGAAGAUAUAAGUUAAAGAAAUGGAGAACAGCAGCUGCACGGGACCAUUUCCAUUUUCUCGUAACAUGAACCUGCGAGCACGACGGGUGUCUGCAGAGCACGCAUUCGCCAGCAGUAGACAUCGGUCCCUACACUUGACACUGUUUUCCCACAUUCUCUUCCUUGUAAAUCUCAACCCUGUUCUUGUACGUCAUCAGCCUUUCCUCGUCGGCGUCGCGGCGGAGCGUCCGGGAUUUCUGGCGCAGACCCCCAAACCGGACCCGGGCAAAGAAAACGACCGUGGCGGCGGCGUCGCCCUGCAGCGGGCCAUCAUCGAAUGGGACAAUUACCUCUUCGACGCCGCUAGUAGCAUGCUGCAGCAACUCUAUUCAAAAACGAAGGAAGUGGCGGUGGGGAUGAUGUUGCCGACGGCGGAGAAAGAUGAGGCCGGAAGUGCCAAUGGAAUUGCGUCUACUUCUUCAUCAAUCAAGCGCAAGCACCCGGAUGGGAGAAAGAAAUGGCAGCCACAAAACAAGGUGGAAAAACAAGAGACGAACUCGAACAACGAGGAUUUGAUACCGGCAGGAAACGAAUUCCUUGACGAGCAAGAAGGGGAUUCUAGUAAAAGUGAAAGAAGCUCCGCUGUUGAAAAGAAGAAGAAAUUUUUGGACGACAAAACACAAGCAGACACGGAACGUGAAAGACGAGGCGCGACAGGUUUGCGCAAUGAAGAUCCCGAAAGACUAUCAUCGCGGGGAAGUGGCCGCGGCGGGAAAAAUGACUUCUUGGGCGACGAGGAGGAAGAGCCUGACGAUGGUCCAAAAACGGGUUCAUCGGCGCUGGAAAAGAACAACGCGGGGCCACGCCUACUUCCGCCGGGCGAACAAAGUCCUGCAAAAACACGACAGCACAAGGAGCAAGACGAACUGACCGAGGGGACCACGGCAGCUGCUGAUGAUACCCCUGAUGUGCUGGCGCCUGCUCCUGCUCGGGGUGGGGACGACGAUCCAGCUGCGCAGUCCGCGUUGCAGGCUGCGCAGUCGGCGCUGCAGGACGACGAGGUGCAGCAAGGAGCGAACGGUCCUCGUGAAGAUCAUGUGGUGAAAGAAAAGGAAUUCGAAAAAUCUACCUUGCAGAACAAGAAGGAAGACAGCACCGACAUUAAUCCACAACAAGCCGCACCACCACCCGAAGGUGCACCAGCAGGUGAAGGACCGGGACCAGGAGAAAAGGCGGGAAAAUCGUCUAUGGAAGAGGCAGGUGCGGAUCGGCUGUUGUCCUCCGGCGGUAACGGAGGUCGUGAUUUGAAUCAUCAUCAUCUUCAGGGGCGGGCAGCAAUUACGGAAGUGAAAACCAAAGGAAACGACCACGUCCCCCCAGGACCAGAGCAGGACCGCGACGCGAGGAGCAACAUGGAAGUGAUGAACAAGAAUACAACGACAAGUUCUGAAGAUGUUUUCCUCAUUUCCUCAAGUACCACUUCCACUACAACAACGACGACUCCCGGUCCUUCGAUCACUACCACAGUUCCCGUCCCUGAAGACACUCUACCUGACGCCCCUUCUAUCCCCGUGCCCACGACCACGCCGUCUGUUGACAAUGGGAACAGUGUCCUCGCGGCGAGCGCGACCUCGACGGCGGUAGUGGUGUCUACAACAGCAUCUACCUCUACGCCCAACCCCACCACGACGGACUCAACAACCACAACACCGGGAACAUCGCCUAAUGUCGACACUGCCACGGACAGUUCGACGAUACCUCCGGGCAUCGAUUUGAAAGGCAAGACACUUGGUCUUGCUGAGAAACAAGACAAUGUCGAACAAGGUGGGCGGGAGCAGGACGAACGAUCAGGCGGCGAAAGCGAGCGCGAGGAGAAAUGGACGAAGGAACGACAACGAGGACAUCGAGCGGCAACGGGCAUUGUGGACGAGGAUGCACUUGACCGAGCAAGGCUACAAGAAUCUCCGGCGGGGGCGGCGCCAACAUUCGGCACGGAAGAUGCAACGAGCGACGCGGGUGCGGGUGCUGCACAGGAAUUCUUGCAACAUACGAAAACGCCGAGCGACGUCGUUGCUCCACCCACUUCCACGGCGUCGUCCGUAGGGGGAACGGGAAAGACAGAUGUGAAGUCCCCAGAACAGAAGCCGGUCCUGAAGGAAAAAGAUGGUGAAACGAAAGAUGAAAAAGGUUCUUCGGUAAUGGAAAAAAGAAAAGCAGGAAUUGGGCUGGCUCGGUCUGCUGCAACUUAUGCGGCACUUUCUCCAAUGCUGUCACCGCCACCGCCUUCUCCUAUAGCUCGUGCCGUCCUACACGCCGAACUAUAUCAUGAGCAUCCAAGAACGCCGGUUUCUGCUCCAGCUUCAGCACUGGCCGGCUCUACAAGAAUGGGAGGGAUUACAGGAACAGCGGCCGCUUUGGGCAGCUAUGCCGUUGCCCGUGCUCGUGGACGACCUCGUGAAUCUGGUGAACAUCUCCCUGCUGCUGCUGCUGCUGCUGCAGGGGGCCGUGGUGGUCGUGAUGGUGGUGGUGGUGGAGACAGGAUCGCCCUUCUUUCAGAGGACGCCGACGAAGAGGGGAAGCCCUGGUGGGAGAAGUUGUGGACGAAUUUGUUGGCGUUGGGGAAGUCGACCAGGAUAGUGCUCGAUACACUUUGGGAAGAUUAUUUUCUUCCGAAGUGGAAAAGAGACAAUUUGCGGCACUGGCUACUGAAAGGUGGAAACCUCGAAUGGAGUUUGUUUGAGGACCUUGCCAAACAAGUCUUAAAAGAUGUUUUAGACGAGUUUGAGAAGAUGAUGAACAAGGACAAAGCGAAAGAACAAGUGGAAAUACCGCAGAACGUGAAGGAAAUGUGGGAGGAAAUGAUCAUCGAGAAAUAUCGCAAAAUUAAAAUAUUUGUACGCUAAUGCAGAUCAAUGUCUUGGGGUCUGGGAACUACUAGCAGAUAUCAUAUUUGCCAUGCUGGUGUGUGAUGAAGAUCAAAUUUACAAUUGGUGUACUGUACUACUUGAUGUUCUGACUGACAAGAUGGACUUCCCCAUAAAUUUGCCGUAAUUUUCACAUGACUACAGACCCUGCAAUAUCACAAGAGCAGACUGCUGUGUGAUGGAGUGUGUCUGUGUGCAUCCUUGAUUUGCCACGAAGCUGCAGGACUGAAAAGCUACCCAGAUUGUCCUUGACAUAUUUCAACUGCAUACCACGACGUUCAAACUGUUGCUGGUGAUGCUGUUCCCCCUGUGCGACCACGUGGACAAGACGGUGCCGCAAUAACUGAAGGCAUGUCACGAGUAACACUCUCCGAGAAGACCGUAGUAGCGGUGAUUUACGCCACAGAGGCAGAGAUGCGUCACAUCGUAGAUCUCAUGAACAACGCUAAUGCACGGCACGACCCGGAAGUCGAAGUAGCAAGAGCACUGCUACGCUUUGAUGAUGUCGAUGUGGUAGAGCCUCUUCCUUGAUUGAUGACGAAGACCCCGACGCAGGUGAAGGAAGAAGUUGAUUGAAUUUACGUGUUUCGUCGAGAGCAAAAAAGAAAAAACGGGUCGAAGGGGAACGAAUGAAGGGAAAGGGGAGGCCGAAAGCCGUGAGCGACGUGCCGCUCCCGUGUAGGGAAAGAAAAUGUGGAAGAGCAUGAAUGAUCUUUAGAGACAUAUCAAAUACUUGUGCGCCAAGUAAUGUAAGUAUAGUAUCAGCGACAUUCAUCAAUGUCUAAGGAUCCUCAGCAAACUACAAGCAACUAGCAGAUAUAUCUAUGCCAUUGGCAUUCAUUCUGUUUGGGAAUAAUCAAGCGGCAAUCCGUCUUCUGGCCGGCACGAUACACACUCACAUCGCAUCC